AUGCCCACCCACGCCAGCGUGAUCCUACAAUCGACCCUCCUCAAAACAGCCGCAAACCUCGCAGCCCAGAUCGCCGAGCUAUGGAGUCGUCAUCGCCUCUCGUCAAAGCGUAUAGACUGGCAGUCCGUCGCCGAAUUCGCCGUCUGCGGCGUCAUCCAAGCGGAAAUCGGCUGGCAUUGGCAGAACUUCCUUGAGGAUAUCCUGCCUACAUACGAUAUGAGGACGUCGACGAAGAAUGAUGAAUACGACUACGACGAUGAGUCCGACUACGAGUAUCAAAAUGAGAAGCUCCACCGGCUGCAACGGCAGUCACGCCUAACGUACUGGUUCAACAUCCUCGUCAAGCUCGUCAUGGACCAGACGAUCGGGUCGUAUGCAAUGAACAUCGUCUUUCUCCUCUGCACUCUGGUCGCGCGGGUCCCUAGUGUGAAUGUGCUCGUUGCCCGCCUGAGCAGCGGGAUUUGGCCGUUGAUUCUAAAUGCGUGGAAGGUGUGGCCGGCGUGCUCGCUGGUCAAUUUCCUCUGGGUCCCCGUGGACUGGCGCGUGCUGGUGGCGUCGGUGGUUGGGUUUGCGUGGAAUGUCUUUCUGUCGCUUUGGGCGCUGGGAAGGUUGGAAUGA